GAACUCUGCCUCGCUCACUCGUCGUCCGGCGCGCGUCCAAUAAACAAGUAGGAGUGAGUUUCUCUCCUCGUCUCUCCUUCCCGUUCGUUAACCCGUUUCUAUAUCUCUCUCGCGAUUAAGCGAGUAUCCACAUUCGACAAAGAAGAAAAAAAAGAUGUCUGGUUUAGCGGACCCAGUGGCAUUCGCCAAGGAUUUCGUGGCUGGCGGCGUGGCUGCUGCUAUUUCGAAGACGGCUGUAGCGCCGAUCGAACGUGUGAAACUUUUGCUGCAGGUACAGCACAUCUCUAAGCAAAUUGCCGAAGAUCAGCGCUACAAGGGUAUGAUCGACUGCUUCGUUCGUAUUCCAAAAGAGCAAGGAUUCUUAAGUUACUGGCGUGGUAACUUUGCGAAUGUCAUCCGAUAUUUCCCUACUCAGGCUUUGAACUUCGCGUUUAAAGACAAAUACAAGCAGGUUUUCCUUGGUGGUGUCGAUAAGAAUACUCAAUUCCUGCGCUAUUUCCUUGGAAAUCUCGCAUCUGGUGGUGCUGCUGGUGCCACGUCUCUCUGCUUUGUCUAUCCGUUGGAUUUUGCCAGAACUAGGUUGGCUGCUGAUGUCGGUAAAGCUGGUGGAGAGCGUGAAUUUAGUGGACUUGGUAAUUGCUUGAGUAAGAUCUUUAAAACUGAUGGUCUUACCGGUCUGUACCGUGGUUUUGGAGUAUCCGUCCAGGGUAUCAUUAUUUAUCGAGCAUCUUAUUUCGGUUUCUACGACACUGCCCGUGGUAUGCUGCCAGAUCCUAAAAAAACGCCAUUCCUUGUUUCAUGGGGUAUUGCUCAGGUUGUAACUACCGUUGCCGGUAUCGUAUCUUAUCCCUUCGAUACGGUACGUAGGCGUAUGAUGAUGCAGUCUGGACGUGCCAAGUCUGAAAUUUUGUACAAGAGUACUCUUCACUGCUGGGCCACCAUUUACAAAUCGGAAGGUGGUAGUGCCUUCUUCAAGGGUGCAUUCUCUAACGUUCUUCGUGGUACUGGUGGUGCCCUCGUACUUGUAUUGUACGACGAAAUUAAGAACCUUCUUUAAAAAACUGCAACUAUAUCCUCACCUCAUUACCUUCACAAUCGCGAUCACAACCACCUUCAUCGUUAUCCUUGUCAUCCAAUUUAAUAGCAAUUCCCAGAUCGAGAGACAGGUUAUUAAGAGCUGUCAAUAACUACUUUAUAUAAUUCAUUUAGGCUGAAGAUAACUGACAGCAGCUCGUGAAAUGCAUGAAACUCGGCAGAAUACGUUAUAUCGUCGAUUAGAAGAGUAUUCGCUUAAUUUAUUGCCGAAUUCAGUAUUUUAUUGCAGCAGGUCACGUUAUAUGUAAUUUUCAUAUUUCACUUCCAUUAUAGAAAACAAAACAAGCAUACUUGCAAAAAGAAUCUUAGAAACAUGUUUGGUGUGUAAUGCAUAAAAACGUUACGUGUAUGUGAGAAGCUAAUAAUAUUGGAAAGGUAAUUAAUCGGUCUAUUUGACUUUAACGUAAAUAUUGAAGGUUAUUUGUAGAAAAAAAAAAAA